UGAUCCUCCCAUCUUCACAUUUCUCGAUACCCGAAUUUCCUCACCUUUUCUUCUCCACGCAUAUAAUCACCCCAGCUUCACUCAUCUUGAGCCGGAAACCAACUCCCUCAGCAACCAUGCAGAUUGAUACCCACAAAUGUAUAGAGCGGUCCGGUGUCAGCGGCGUUACGGCAUUCUAUCUCAGCUUGGUCAUUUUAUUACCCCUGUCCCUUGGAGGACCACAUGGUGGCUUACAAUCGUUGAUACUGUAUACUAUGUUCUUUCUUUGACUCACUUUCAGCUUGUUUUUCUGUAUGCUCACUACGCUUGCCGAUGUUGGCAGUUGCCUCUUGAUUUCGUUUGUCCUGUAUACUCAGCCUUGUGUACAUAUUCUACAUUCUAGCGUAAUUGGCUUAAAUUGAACCUGUAUUGAGCUAAACCUUUGUUUUUUAGGGUGACUGGAC